AUGUCGCGUGAACACCUCAGCAAUGAGGACUUCUUCUCCCAACUCGCCGCCCUCGUCGAAAAGACACAGAAAAAGGGCCAUGGCUCCGUGCACCUCACCCAGAAAAGAAUGACAUUCGACACCUCAUCAGCCCCCCAAAAACCCGUCAAAGUAGCCGACGAUCCCCUCUGGGACUUGCACCCGCCUCAUCCCCUCCCCCUCAUCGUCCGAGCAACAGAUGGCGAGAGCACCAAGGCCGACAUGAAGACCAAGAACCCCGAUAAGGUCAAGCUGAGUACUGUCGUGCAGCCGGAGGAGAUGGCGGCUUUCUUUGCGCGGUAUGCGGAGGUGUGUAGGGCGGGGAUGCAGAGUUUGAAGAAGAGGGAUCGGAGUAAGCGGAAGAAGGAGAAGAGUAAGAAGAAGAAAAAGGGUGCGGUUGCUGCGCCGGCGGCGGCGUGA